AUUCCAUUUUAAUUAUUCCCUUAACUUGAGCAGUUCGAACUGCCUGUAAAAUUAGCGUCGUACCUGAACGAAGAAAAAUGGGGAAUCCGCCGAUUUCGCCGGAGAAUCAGCCGCCGCUUCACGGGAGCGACGCCGACGCCGACGACGAGAACGUCAAGCAGCUCAAUGAGUGCUCCUCUUUCUACUUAUCGUUACAGGAAUGUCUUAUCAAAACUAACAGGAACUGGAAAGAUUGCCAGGCUGAAGUUCAAGCUUUGAAGGCUUGCAAUGAGAGAAGGAAAACUGGCCAUGGCAAGUGAAGGUUCUGGAAAGGAGCAUAGUGUACCAGAUAACAUCUAAGAUAUUGGCUUUACUCAUUCACAAUUUUGUUAUAUUGACUCGUUUAAACGUAUUUUGAGAUAUCUAAAAGCUUGAUUGUUCUGAAACCUUAUCAUUAUGUCAAGCUAUGCUUAUCUUAGCCCUAUUUCUGCU